CUUUAUCGAAAGACAGUUGGCAAAAGAGCUUCCUGCAGUACGGACCAGUAACCGGAGAGUUAAUUAUAAAAUAUAUUUAGUUUAAAGUGCUCACAAAAAGUUUGUUAAUAUUAGAAAUAAUUAAUGGAAACUGGUACAUCCUUCUUGGUUGUGCAAUAUCAAAUCAGCGCCUUAAGUUCCAUCUUUACAGAAACUACCCACUGUGCGGCGCCCAAAAGUUCUUGAGCGUGCGCUCUAGGAAAGUGGUGAAUAAGUAAAGAGUUUGACUAGUGCGAGAGACCAGACAAGAUCACUGUGCAAAGUGCUGCCAUUGUGUUGCUAUUUUAAAGGCUUUAAACUAGUUGUAAAUUUAAAAAACGCCACAUCUAGUCUGAAUUAAGCUAGUUGUUCAGUCUAAACAUCAGAACGAAUCAUAAACAACGCGCGCAUUCGAGUGUACAAUACUCAGUAUAAGUUGAGUGAGAAGCUUCUCGGGCAUGUGUGAGUGAGUGCUCUCCCCGGUGUGCACUCAGAUAAAACAACUUCUCUUCAUUGUGUGUGCACGGACUCACCACUCAACUCAAUUCAUUUCGAGUGCGUUCAGUUUUACCGUAUGUUGUGAGUGAUGCCAUGCAGACGGCUAGUUCAGUCGCAACGCGGUUGCCGCCGACGUCGCAGUCGCCGAAUUCCCGAUUGGAAACCGAAUUAAAUUUCGAGGCGUGCAAUUUUGUGUUUUAUUUUUAUUUUGUUCGUUAUUCGGUUUUUCUUGUGUUUUUUUUUUGUGUUUUAUUCUGUGAAAAUGUCACCGGCUAAGCAACAAUUUGCCAUGAGAGACCGUUGAGUAAAUUAAAGCCAAAAAGGUCCUUUUUGGAUACAAAAAAGGGAUAUUAAGAUUCAAAAACACUCGAAAUGAAAUUGUGGAAAUCAAAGAAGCCCAUUUCGGGCUGUGUGCCUGGAAAAUCUGCGGCCCUCAAGCAGGAUCAACAACAACAACAGCAGCAAGACUCGCUCAACAACGGAUCCUUCAAUGGACAGCAUCAUCAUUCACAGCAGCAUCCGCAGUCGGACAGCAGCGGCAUCGCCUUGGCGCCCAUGUUAUCCGUUGAUCGCGCCAUGAGUCCGGCGCAAUCGGAGGACUCUGGACUGGCUCCGGAACGGGGCACCACCUACGCCACCAUUACCCUGCCACGGAAUGCCCUGCAUUUAGCCAUCACAUUUGCAGAACGCAACGAUCUGUCAUAUCCGCCGGUGGUGGGUGCUCUGAGUCCCGUGGGCCAUGCGGCGGACUUCCUGGCGCCCGGCGAUCGCCUCCAUCAGAUCGAUGGCAUCUCCACAAUUGGUUUGAGUAACCAGAAGGUAAUGAAUAUGCUUUGCUCUGGAGGAGCGGAAUCGGGCCCCGCCAUUGUGGAGAUUGAAUACUCGCUGCCCGAAUACACAGUUUCCCAGAACAGCCUGUGUGUGACCUCGAAGCUGGCACAGAUCACUGUGGAGCGGGAAAGCGGCUGCCUAGGUCUAACGCUGCGAGGUGGUGCCGACUACCCGCUGAUCGUCACCCAUGUUCGGCCCCAUGGACCCGUCUACAAGACCGGACGCAUCAAGCCCGGCGACCGGCUGCUGCGCGUCGAUAAUGUCUCACUGAUAGGUAAGACCUUGGCGGAGGCCCAGCAGAUCAUCAAAUGCGGUGGCCAUGUCUCUGGCUAUACCAACCUGACCAUCGAGUAUGAUGUCUCUGUGGUGCAGAGCGUCGAGUUCUCGAUGGGACCACUGCUCAUUGAGAUCGAGCGUCCGAUGAACGACAAGUUGGGUCUGGUCCUUUGCAACUACACACCUGCGGUGGCUGCCUCUGGUUCUGGAUCGAGUACGCCACCCAGCAGUGUCCCCGAGAAGAUAGAAGAGUCUGCAGGGGUAUUCAUAGCCAGCAUCCUGCCAGCCAGCAUUGCGGAUCGUUGCGGCGCCUUAUCCGUUGGCGAUCAGGUGCUCUCCAUCGAUGACACCAUGAUCGAGCACACCGCCUUCAGUCCCGACGAGGUGAUGACCAUAUUGGACACCGGCACGGGUCGCGGUUACACACAGAUGCAGAUCAUGCCAGCUCAUGCGCUGGCCCGCCGCGGUCACACGGCUCUGGGCAGUCCCAAGUACAGCUUUAGCACUCUGGAAUCCCGCAAAUCGACAGCGGGUCGCCAGCGCCAGAGAUUCGCCCGGAAGAGCUCCCUGCCGCUGGAGGGACCCAUGUCGGGAGCAACUUCAGCCACUCCAGUAACGGCGGGAGGAGGAACCAACAGCAGCAGCAACCUGGGUAUGGGUCUGGGCCUUUGCCGGGCGGAAAGCUUUCCCGUGCUCCUCGACUGCAGCCACGGAGCGGGCAUUAUCCUGGCAGAUGCCAUUGGAAACCAAACCGGAACGGGACCAGCAACUGGCUCAGCAGCUGGAGCUGGUGCAGUGACCAUUGCUCAGAUCCUGACCGACUCUGUGGCGGAUCGCAGUGGCUGCAUCCAAGCCGGAGAUCGCAUCGUGGCCAUCAACAAGAUGUACAGUUUAGAUGCGGCGGCCAUGCGGCAAUUGCUAGAAGGAGGUUCCGCCAAUCGUGGAGGAGGAGGAGUCGCAGCUCCCGCUAACUGGCUGGAGCUGGAGAUCGAGUUCGAUAUGCCGGACGCCGUGGUGCCCUCCAGCGGUGUGUUCAGCGUGAAGCUUCUGCGCGCCGGAAAAUGUGGCCUCGGAUUGAGUGUCAGUGGGUCCAGCCAUGGCGGCCUGGUCAUUGCGGAUGUUAAGAUGGGCAGUCCGGCCCAUCGUAGUGGUUCCCUGCGCUCUGGUGACAUCCUGCUGGCCGUGGACCAGCAUCCUGUGCAGCACUUUAAUGUAGAUGCCCUGCUCAAGGAGGAGGGACGCGGUCCGCACAACAGCAACUCUGAUUUCACCACGCUCACCAUCAAGCGGGUCGUGCUGCCCGACUUCCUGCCCAUGUCCAGUCCCAUCUACAGCAACUGUCCCCCAGUGGGUCUGGGACUGGGAUUGGCUUCUUCUGGCGGGGAUCACGACCUCUACAGCAGCGCCUAUGUGACUUCGCCUGGAAAGUAUGCCGACUGUGUCUCCCUCAAGUCACGCACACCGCAGCCGGAUUACUUUCGGGUGCCCAGCAUGGAUGAUGCCAGCCUGCAGUCUGUACAGCUAAGACAUGGACCGGGAACGGGAGUGGGACCAGGUCAAAGCAAUGGCUGGCCCAAUGCCAGCAACAGUCGGUCCUUCGUGUCCCCGCCGAAUACGCAGAGUCUCACCACCGAGCUGCCCGAGGAGGAGGAUGAGCAGGAGCAGCUCUAUCCCGGCUAUGAGUUGAAUCGCUAUGCCAGCGUGGACUGCACUGCCCUGCCGCCGCCAAUGGAGAGCAAGGUCUAUGGUUCGGCGGCCAGUUCGAGCAGCAAGAGCAGCGGGAGCAGUUUGCAUCAGAUCAUCUUUACGGUUCGGCUGGAGCCCAAGGGUGGACUGCUGGGCAUCACCCUGGCCGGCAGCGAGGAUAUUACCAAGCCCAUCACCAUCAGUGGUCUGGUAGAAGGUGGCAUUGCCCACAAGAAUGGCCAGAUCCAUGUGGGCGACCAAUUGCUGGCCAUUGAUGAGCACUCGGUGCAGGGCAUGCCACUCUCGCAUGCCACCAGUCUUCUCCAGAAUCUCGGGGAGCUGGUCGACCUGAAGAUCCUGCGCAGUCAUGACCUGGCCAAUGGCAGUGGCAGCGGCGGUGGAGGCAGUCACCUUCUCCCCCAGACGCAGGCCAUUUAUGCCAAGGUCCAGAGACGUCCACGUAGUCCCUCGGCCAACACAGAGGCCAGCAAGGAGUCAAAUAACAAUAACAGCAAUGCGAAUGGAAGUGGGAACACAAAUGGUAAUGGUAGUGGAAAUGGCAAGCCACGAAUCUUCCAUGUGACCCUGUACAAGGACAAAGUGUACGAUGACUACGGGUUCUCUGUCUCGGAUGGUCUGUACGAGCGGGGGGUCUUCAUCAACCGCAUCCGGAGUGGCGGUCCAGCGGAUAUGUGUGGUCUGCUCAAGCCCUUUGAUCGCAUCAUGCAGGUAAAUGAAAUGAAAACGCAGGAUUUUGACUGCUGCCUGACUGUUCCGCUAAUUGCCGCCGCUGGAGACAAGAUCGAGAUGAUUAUGCAGCGCACCGAGUAAUCCCAUUUCCGGAUCCCGGAUGCUCUGCCCUAUGUUAAACUAGUUGUAUGCUGAGCUUAAUCCUAAGUGCCAUUUCUAGCCCAUAAUAUCCCUGUGCCAGGUACGUGAAUUCACGAUAUUCUUUUAUACCUAUUUUCGAAUCCAAAAUCAAACGAAUCACUAAGAUAGGAGCUUAUAGAGCUGGCAAAGGUUUAAAGAUUUCAAUAUAUUUUCUAUUUCAAAAGUUUAUUAAGAACAUUGAUAAAUCGAGAAGAUAAUCAAUCUUGGCCAGCUCUAUCGAAUAUUGAAAUGCCGAAGUACAGUCUGCCAUAACCAAAUAAUGUCCUCUUUAUACUAGAUCUGCCAUAAUUCUACUUUAAUUCUACGCUAAAAUUUGUUUUCUAGCAAAUAAAUAAUAAUACUGAAAGUUUGUUCAAAACUAAAACACAA